AUGGACUCCCUCGACAACAAAGCAGUGAUAGUUUCGGACAAGUAUCGAAUAGAAUGUCUGUCUGCAACAACGUUCCCAGGUGCUUUGAGGGUGAUAAAAGAGGCGUUCUGUCAAGACGAGUACGUGAGCAUUGGCAGCGAGGUGAACAAGAAUCCGAUCGCAGCCGAGGAAUUGUUGGAGCUGUGUGCGGACGCGGCUUUGGACGGAGUGUCUUUAGUUGCGGUCACUUUGUCCACGGAGGAGGUUGUCGCAGUCGCUUUUAACAAAAUACAGGUUCAAUCGACGAGUGAAUCCGAGAAGCCAUUUUUUGAAAUAUUUGCUGAAGAACGUUGCACCCAAGAAUCGUCCCGCUCCUUGAUUCAAUUUAUGGCAAAUGUAGACGGAAGGUGCAAUUUAUUCGAAAAAUAUGGAGUGGAUUGCAGCCUUGAAAUUAUGUUUUUAGCCACCCUACGCGAACAUAGAAAGCAGAAGUUAGGAACGCUUUUAUGUAAAUACUCCGUAGAAAUUGCUCGUAGGUUAAGGGACGGCCCCAUCGCUGAAAUAGCGGUACGAGAUCUUGGACCCAACUAUUCAAUGAUAAAAUCGAGAGAACCGGUCGAAACUUACCCUAAAAUUUGUCAAGCCAUAUGGACGUCUAAAGGAUCGCAAAAGAUUGGUGAAGCACUCAAUUUUACUGUACACCUAACAGUGCCCCUCAAAGAAUUUAUUUUUGAAGGGAAGUCGUAUUCUGAACGAAUAGGGGAUGACUCGGCGUUUUGUGAAGUAGUCGGCAAAGCACUUUAU